CCCCAUUCCCAUAGAGGCUGCCGAUCGCCCUCAGGGGCCAACUAUGGGCAGACUCUGUUAGAAUGGAUGAUAUCCAAGAUUUAUGUCGGGAUGUUUUCCCCUGGAUCAGCAACCAAGCAACCCGUCUCGGCCUGGAAACACAGGACAACAGAUUCGCUCAGCUGGGCGGAGAACUCUUCAUCUUGACGCAACAAAUACCCUUCUCCUACCACAAAGUGGCGGAUCCGAAACUAGUCAAGAUUGCAUUGCUCGUAAACAAAGCUUGUUCUGUAAUCCCCGAGAACCAACCAUGGCAGAGAGAAUAGGCGCUUUGAUACACUUUGGAGAGUACUUGAAUGCAAGGAUUCAAAAACGUCUGCUGAGAAAACACUUAUUCGCGAGGUUCGAAACAGCCUGCUGCAAUUCGUUCGGGAGAACCCCGAGUAUCCGUCUCUCCUACGGUUCAUUAUGGAUUGUCUACACAUAACGGAAUCCUCAGAUUGUCUUCCUGAGGAGAAUCUACGUCUGCAUAGUACUGACACUAAGUAUCCCGCGCAAUUAAACAAUACUCUCUAUACCCAACUUCGAAUUCACUCAUCCUGCUCGUGCGGCACUCAACACCUUCAAUGCCCACGGCUACGGCUGAAUCCUGGCCACGAUAAGCAUGAUGAUGAGCAUAUUCCAUUCGAUGUGUUAUUUUCAGCAGGUUCAGUAUCCUCUCCUACAAUCAACUGUCAAUUUCGGUGGAAAGAGGUGAAUGUAUCAGUUGCUAGACGAAACGGUACACCCCGGAAGAAGAAAGUUUCAUUUAGAUUCCCCAACUCGAGCGUAUCGCAGAGCAAGUUACCAUUACCAAUUGGCCUCCGAAAACUCGGACUCGGAGAGUUUUGCAGUUUGAUAGGAAGCGAGAAGAAAACACCAAUUCACUUUCAUAUUGAAGACAACGUAAUGAAGCUCACCGAUACCGUUCAAGACACACCGUGGCGAAACUUUCUACCCCUGUCGAGUAUCUCUCUGGCAGAAUGGCUGGAACAGACUGUGCACCUCUCCAACAGGGUGAAGAUUACGCUCGCAUAUACCAUCGCGAAAUCAGUGUGGCAAUACUACAAUUCUUACUGGAUGGCAAAUCCAUGGACACACGACAAUAUUCAAAUGCUGAAGGAAAUGGUCAGUGAACGGAACCAUGUACGACCGCAUCCAUAUUUUGCCGCGAAGCUUCGCAAAUUCAAAGGCCAAAUAUUGGACUACUGCAUCGCAGACGACCUCUUCCACAUGUAUCCCAGCAUUCUCGCGUUGGGGGUUAUCCUUAUUGAGAUUGCGACCAAGCAACCGUUCCGACCUGAGAGCUCUCAUUACCCCUGGGACGAAACAACAAUCAAUGACUAUUACGAGUGGGCAUGGACUACGGCAAAUAGCAGUAAUUUGGGAAAUAUGAUCGGAGCUACCUAUGAGGCGGUGGUAAGCAACUGUCUCGAUGCCGAACUAUUUAGAGACGGUCCCACCGACCCGUCAAGACUCGACGAAGAUCUUGAAAUCAGACAGUCGCGUCUCUACGAGAAAGUCGUGCUGCCUCUUCAGGACCUCUAUCACGCAUACAGAGAUGACUGGGAAAUCCAGGAGCUUCCCAAGCCAGAAGCUACAAUUUCUCCAAGUUUAUCUCAGGCCCAGCACACCAGACCGGCCAAUCGUUCCCAGUUCACCAUCGCCAUUUUCUGCGCAUUACCCUUGGAAGCAGACGCCGUCAGCGAGUUGUUUGAGGAAAUCUUGGACGAAGAAAUCGAGAACUUUCGUAAAGCAGCCGGAGACGAUAAUACGUACACCCUGGGCAGAAUCUUGUACCACAACGUUGUUCUCGUCCACAUGGCUGGUAUGGGAAAGGGUGCCGCAACUCAAGCGGCUUCCAGUAUACGAUCCAGCUAUCCAGAGAUCAAGCUUGCGCUUGUGGUUGGAGUUUGCGCGGGUGUCCCGUCACCUUCGGCGGGAAAAGACGAUAUUAUCUUGGGUGAUGUUGUGAUUAGUGAUGGAAUUGUCCAAUAUGACUUUGGAAGGCGAUUUCCCGACACAUUUUUGAGCAAAGCCAGACCAGAGGUGGCUGGCCCCAAGCUUCGGGGUUUGUUGGCUAAAUUGAAGGGGGUCCGAGGGCGAGAACGAAUUGAAACUAAACUAUCUGGGCAUCUCAGCAUCUUGCAGGAUAGGCUUGGUCAACAGAGAGCUGGUUACCCAGGCAUGGACAAAGACGAGUUGUUCCAAUCCUUCGACCGUCAUAAGCAUCAUGAUCCAGCAGCAUGCCGAUUAUGUGGCUCCUGUGAACUUGGAACGGAUCCAGUAUGCGAAGAAGCACGAUUACUAACUUGUCAACAACUUGGAUGUCAGAAGAGGUCGUUGGUCCCACGCAAAAGACUGCAAGAGGCAUCGGCGAAUGAUGACCCUCCAAAACCCAGAAUCCACUUCGGUCUCGUUGGUUCUGGAGAUACGGUCAUGAAAUCAGGGCAACAUCGCGAUGAAACUGCGAUUCAACAUAAUCUGAUCGCUUUUGAGAUGGAGGCUUCUGGGGUUUGGGAACUUUUGCCGUGCCUUGUCAUCAAAGGUGUGUGCGAUUAUGCCGACAGCCAUAAGAAUAAAGACUGGCAACACUAUGCUGCUGCGACAGCUGCGUCUUGUAUGAAAGCUGUAUUGGAGGAUUGUCCAACCGGCGAAUGGUAACAGGCAUCCAUAUAGGCUGGACCUAUUGUUGGAAGCAUGACGUGUCUCUGUGAGGUUCCUGCCAAACAAUGCACUCCAUGGUUAGCGCCAACGGCUGUCAAGAAGUGAAGUAGAGUAUUUAAACUACCUAGGAAACUCCAGAUGCCAUAAUUGCUUCGUGGAGCAUUCAGAGAACAAGAAGCCUCCGAGAGAAAUUUAGCGGAACUAUCCCUAUACCAGUAAUUUCUCGGUCGAACGGGCACCCC